AUGUCCGACCCCAGGCUCAAAGCCGAGCUCUACCAAAUGAUCCGCACCGAACUCAAAACCAUCCGCAUCCCCGUCAUGAAGAAGGUAGCAGACGAGCUUGAAACCACGUUCGAUGACUGGUAUCUCAAGGUUUUCUCACUGUCAUCAGAGGUCAAUACCGGCGAUGAUGCGAAAAUGGUAGAGGAGAUCAGGAAAGCUGAGGCUGCCGUGGAGAAGUAUGAGAAGGUGAUGUUGGCCAUUGAGCUUGACAAAUUCGAUGUUGCGAUUGCGAUUCUGGGGACCGACUAUGACAACUAUCCGCACCCUGCUCGUGCACAAAGUCCCUUCAUGUGCAUCACUCUGUUCCUCGCUUCCAAGAAAAGACAGCUUGAUGCCGUAAGGAAGAUCUUAGAGACUGAUGGAUACUUCAAGGGCACAUGUUGGACUGGCUCUAGGCGAACAGAGCUCCCGCGCAGGGCCUGUAAGGAGGUCUAG